UACCUGGGAGGGAGAAGCAGAUAGCCGAUAGCACACACGUUCGUACUCCGCGAAAUGACCAGCGGUGAAUUUGUAACUUCUGAAUCAAAAUCUUCUGGAUUCCUCACUGCAAAACAAUCUCUGGUCGAGUAUCAUCAGCGUUGGCGUAAAAUCAAAUUCAACUUGGACUCGUUGGACCAGCUCACCGGUGGCGGGAUAAGCUCACGUGGAGUAGUAGAAAUAGCCGGUGAUGCCGGCUCAGGGAAAACCCAGCUUUGCCUUCAUCUAGCCUUGGUUUGCCAGAUACAACCGCCAAUCGACCAAGGAAAUGUUCGGAAAGGGGUCGUGUACAUUAGCACCGAGAAUCCCUUUCCGUCCAAACGGUUGGUACAGAUGGAACAGGCUAUGAAACGGAAUUUAGGAUCACAAAUGGAUUUGAAAAAAUACACGGAUAACAUUUUCGUGGAACAUUUGAACAGUGGUGGUGCCCUCGAAGAUUGCAUCACUCAAAGGCUUCCAGUUCUACUGGAAAACAAUCCAAUUGGUUUGCUCAUAAUCGAUUCCAUCACGGCAGCUUACGCCGAUGAGCAGAACUACGUAGAGCGUGCACAAUCGUUCCGACGAGUUGUGCAUACGGUGCAGUCCCUUCAGAAUCGAUUCGAUUUUGGCUUCGUUUGUACCAACCAGGUCCGAUCGGUUGUCGAUAGCUCCACUCUGGAAGAUGAAAAAAUCGUCCCCGCCCUGGGAUUGGCGUGGGGUAGUUUAGUGCAUACACGCUUUCAACUCAGUAGGAUACCAGGCACUGCCGGCGAACGGAGGUGUCAACUGUUGUUCAGUCCGACUGCUGCCCCAGGACGGUGCCAUUUUGUCAUCACCGAGGCAGGGAUUUCGGAUUUGACGUGAUUCGUUUGCGGUAGUACAGUUGUUAGGUUCACAGUUUUUUUUUAAUUGUACAUUUAAAAUAUAGAAUUUUACACGUAUUCCACCGUAUUUGUUUGAUUCACUAUUCUAUACUGAUUGAUUGUUUUUUCCCUAAUAAAUAUGCUAUUUUUGUUCAA